AAGCGCAAGGCCGAGGAGAAGCUCGCGCGCGAGGCCGCCAAGAAGAAGCAGCAGGAGCAGCAGCUGGCCAGCGAGCGCGCGGCCAAGGGGCGCGCCUACACGCUGAGCAUGGCCAUCCCCGGCUCCAUCCUGGACAACGCGCAGACCAAGGAGCUGCGCACGUACCUGGCCGGCCAGGUGGCGCGCGCCGCCGUGAUCUUCCAGGUGGACGAGAUCGUCGUGUUCGACGACCAGCUGGGCAACAGCGUGAGCACGGGCGCGCCCAAGAAGCGCGCGCACGACUGCCACGUCUUCAUGGCGCGCAUCCUGCAGUACCUCGAGACGCCGCAGUACCUGCGCCGCGCGCUGUUCCCCAUGCACUCGGACCUGAGCUGCGCCGGUCUGCUCAACCCGCUGGACUGCCCGCACCACCUGCGCGCGCAGGAGUGGAGCGUGUAUCGCGAAGGCGUGGUCACGGACCGCCCGCUCAAGGACAAGGAGGGCUCCCAUGUGUACGUCGGACUGCAGCGCGAAGUUGUGGUGGACAAGCGCAUCACGCCUGGAAUCCGCGUCACGGUCAAGAUCGACGAAGCGUCCAAGGACUUCAAGAAGAAGAUGGUGGGCAAGCUCGUGUCGUCUGCUGAGCCGCGCGAGCACCUUGGUGUGUACUGGGGCUACACGACCCGCUUCGCGCCGUCGCUGAGCAACGUCUGGAGCGACUGUCCGUUCCCGGGCGGCUACGACCUCAAGGUGGGCACGUCCGAGCGCGGCAACGUGUCGGUGGACGACCCCAGCUUCUCGCUGCCGAAGUUCCGCCACGCCCUCAUUGUCUUUGGCGGCGUGGCAGGUAUCGAGGAGUGCGUGGACGCGGACGAGAAGGUGCCUGUGAGCGGCGAGGACUCCAACACGCUCUUCGACAUGUGGGUCAACACUUGUCCCGAGCAGGGCAGUCGCACGAUCCGUUCAGAGGAGGCCCUUUUGAUCUCGCUCGCAGCAUUGCGACCGCACGUCAAGCGUAGUGGACGAGCGCAAUAGACGACGAUGUGGGAGCUUCAUUAGACGAAUAAAUACCAACACGCAUGCAUCCG